GGCCAAGACCUGGCACCUUCUGGGAGCGUGUCUACCGAGGGCAUCCCAAAAUCAGUUUCUCGGAUACUCAAUGCAGCACAAAUACGAGGGGACUUCAAGGAGAAGAAGAGAGCUGCCGCGAGCAGCGAAGAUGUUGGCCCGACUAAGAAACGGAGAAAGUCCAAUGGCGGGGAGGAUACAGCUCAAGGACUAGGCUCGGAGAAGAAAAGGAUUUCAAUCAAACCAGGAGAGUCACUGGCACACUUCAACCGACGGGUCGAAGAUGACAUGAGGCCUCUUGUUCGCUCGGCCAUGCAGGCAUCCUCUGCCAUGGAGCGCCAAAUGCGAAAAACGGAGAAAGAACAGUCCAAAUCGUCCAAAUCGUCGCAUCGCGCGCAAUCUCCCGAACCGCAUCCAACGACCAACGACAAAAAACGGAAAGGCAAAGAGCUUGCGGACGAGGAGACCGGCGCCGCCCCUGCGCCGUCGAACAAACACGCAGGGAAGGCGACCGAGUUCACCAAGCUUUCCACAUCCGCACCGCGACGUCUGAAUGACAUUGCGAUGGCCCCACCUGAGCUGAAGACGUUGCCCCGCGGUGCUUCCAAAGUAGGCGAUGGACUAGGGAAGGGUGCGGGUGUACUGUCGAUGGCGCAACGGGCCAUGAUGGAGAGGGAGAGGGAGAACGUCAUUCAACGGUACAGACAAUUGAAAGCAAAGAGAUACGCAGAAAACGGUAAGUCGCCAGGGGAGUAA